GUAUUUACAUAAUGGUGACCAUGACGCGACUCGUUAUCACUAUUUAUUCAUCAUCUUUAGUCCUAACCAGAGACUUCAAAAUUCUCUCUCAACUUUCAUCCUUUCGCUCUUUUCCUCUCCAUCUUCACCGAUCCACGAUCUAGGAAGCUACAGAGGAAACGAUGUCGUUUAUUGGUACUCAGCUGAAGUGUAAGGCGUGUGAGAAAACGGUUUAUCCUGUUGAUCAGCUUUCUGCUGAUGGUACUUCUUACCAUAAAGCUUGCUUCAGAUGCACUCACUGCAAAGGAACUUUAAAGCUGAGCAAUUAUUCUUCAAUGGAAGGUGUUCUUUACUGUAAACCUCAUUUUGAGCAGCUCUUCAAGGAGCAUGGCAACUUCAGCAAGAAUUUUCAGUCACCUGCAAAACCAGCUGACAGACCAACUCCUGAGCUGACAAGGUCUGCUAGUAAAGCUGCUGGCAUGUUUUCUGGGACACAAGAGAAGUGCGCUACAUGUGGCAAAACUGCAUAUCCAUUGGAGAAGGUAACAGUGGAAAGCCAGGCCUAUCACAAAUCAUGUUUCAAGUGUUCACACGGUGGUUGUCCUAUAACUCCAUCAAAUUAUGCAGCCCUUGAGGGAAUUUUGUAUUGCAAGCACCAUUUCUCUCAGCUUUUUAAGGAGAAAGGAAGCUACAAUCAUCUGAUCAAGUCUGCAUCAAUCAAACGUGCAGCAGCUUCCGUUCCAGAAUCUUGAACGCUGGUGCCUUCUAACUGCCUUUGUUCUGUUUGAAAGUCGAGGAUGUUUUGGUCCGUCAAGCAAGUGUUUGUAUGUGUGGUUUUUUCUCUCUCUUCAUAACAACUGUUCUAUCAUUUCUUCAUCCUUUUUCUGAUAUUUAUACAUGUGUGGUGUGCAAAUCUUGUGUGAUUUAUUUAUCCAUUCCAGUGCACAUUGAGUACUGACAAAUGAGAGACUGACUUGCAAAAUGUAUCUUACCAAUUUGAUGAUGCAACUUUUCAUUGCAUUUUCUA